AUGGCGAAGAUAAAGCCACAAGCUUUGUUGCAGCAAAGCAAGAAGAAGAAAGGACCUUCUCCGAUAAGCAUUAUCAACAUCAUCAUUUACACUUUGGCUCUGCUUUUGGUCGUUUUUGUCCUCUUCUCCGCUUACAAACGCUGGACCCUCAGAUCUGAGAUCCCAACAACGCACAAUGGUAGAUCAGUUAUUGAGGAUGCAGCCUUCCCGGGAAUGAAGUCUACAAAUGUCCCACGCUAUGCUGUGAAUACGGGCAAAGGUUCAGUGACCAUUGAGCUGUUCAAGGAUACUGCUCCCAAUGUUGUUAACCAGUUCAUCCACUUAUGUCAAGAUGGGUAUUUCAAAGGUUUCUUAUUAAGUAGAGUUGUAAAGCAUUCCGUGAUUCAAGCUGGCGACUCUGCUGAGUUCGAUGCAAUCAAAGAUUGGGCACUCCAUAGGAAGAAUCUUGGUACCAGUUUAAAACAAGAAGAAUUCAUGGUGGCAACUCCUAAAGUUAAAAACGAGCAAGGAGGAUUCGAGUUUUUCAUUGUAUCUGGUCAUACCACAGAUCUGAACGAGAAAUUGACAGUGUUCGGUCGAGUAGCAAAGGGACAAGACGUGGUACAGGAGAUAGAGGAGGUUGAGACAGAUGAACAAUAUCAACCAAAAGCACCAAUAGAGAUCAUGUCCGUCAUUUUUCUUCAAGACAUGUGA